AUGACUAACAUCUCAGCAGCACGAUAUGAGCAUCUUUCAAAAUGUAUAUCAUCAUCAGUCACAGCUGCAAUCGAGGAAAUCAUCGAUAAAUCAGGAGAUAACAAUGUAAAUUUGCUAAAGAAAUUAACUGAAGAUAUUAAUGUAAUUCUAACCUGCACAAUAAAAUCCGAGCAGGAGGAUUAUAUUGAAAAAAUCUCAUACGACCUCGAAUGCGCACUUAACGAGAAAAGAGAAUUGCAAACUCAAUUAGAGAAGCUUUCAAAGAAACUGAAAACUACGAAAUCGCUAUUACAAGAACAGAAUAUUGCAUAUAUCAAUAAAACCAGAGAAUUAGAAAAUUCCCUUCAUGAAACCAACUGGAAACGAACAGUUCAAGAAGGAAAAUACCGAGAAAGUAUUAAAGAAAAGGAUCAAAUUAUCAAUAAUAUGAAAAAUUCUUUGAAAUCUAUAAGAAAUGAGAUACUUGAGCUUAAAAACAGUAUUUUAGUACUUAAUUCUUAUUAUGCAAAGCAGCAUGCUAAACAAAAACUUUAUAUAGAACGUGUUAAGCAAGUUACCCAUGAAUCUUUUCAAAAUUCGAUUUCCACAAUUACAAAGCAAAACUUAGAGAGCGAAACCAGGUCAAUCAAUAGCUUUAAUGAACAAAUUUAUGAAGAACAAGCAAGAAAUGCUUCAAUGAAAAACUCAAUUAAUAGGAUUUUAAAUACAUUAACAGAAUUUUCACCAAAUAAGUCAAAAUACAGCUUCACAGCAGAUAAUUUUACAAAAAAGGAAAAAGAAUUCCAUCAAUUUAUUAUUGAAACUAUGCAAUUUCAAAAAGAUAACGCUUAUCAAUCAAUAAAGCAAGAGCUUCAACUUGCGAUUCCUAAUAUCAAGUUAGAUGAAACUGCAGAUAUUGUGAACGUGAUUUCGCAGCAUUGUAAUCAAGAAUUAAAAGAAUGCCCAAAUUGUAAUCAAAAACAGCUUGAAAUUAAUGAAUUGAACCACCAAAUUGAAGAACUUAAAGAGAAACUUGAGAAAACUCAUACAAAAGUCCAACAAAUCAAAUCUCAGCCAGAAGAAACAAUUUCAUAUGAAUCUGUUAUUACUGAUUCAGACGAUUGGGAGAAAAGAAGAAAGGAAUUGGAAAGGAAAAUUACUACACUUAGUAAACUUACAAAAAGUCCUUUAAAAAGCAUGCCAAAUUAA